AUGGGGAGACGGCGGAGGUCGUGUCUCCAGCCCUACUUCGUGUGGCUGGGUUGCGUGGCGCUCUGGGCACAGGGCACAGCCGGUCAGCCCCAGCCUCUGCCACCUAAGACGCUCCGGUCCCAGCCGCCCCCGCAACAGGUCCGGCCCGCAGUAGAAGGCGGCUUCGCGGCGCCUGAGUACCGGGACGAGGGUGCGGUAGCGGCGAGCCGCGUCCGCAGGCGAGGACAGCAGGACAUACUCCGAGGGCCCAACGUGUGCGGCUCUAGAUUCCACUCCUAUUGCUGCCCUGGAUGGAAGACUCUCCCAGGAGGAAAUCAAUGCAUUGUCCCGAUUUGCAGGAACAGCUGUGGAGAUGGAUUUUGUUCCCGUCCCAACAUGUGUACUUGUUCCAGUGGACAAAUAUCCCCCACCUGUGGAGCAAAAUCAAUCCAGCAGUGUAGUGUGAGGUGCAUGAACGGUGGGACCUGUGCUGAGGACCACUGCCAGUGCCAGAAAGGAUACAUCGGGACUUACUGUGGACAACCUGUCUGUGAAAACGGAUGCCAGAAUGGUGGGCGCUGCAUUGGCCCGAACCGUUGUGCUUGCGUUUAUGGAUUCACAGGGCCACAGUGCGAGAGAGAUUACAGGACAGGCCCAUGUUUCACACAAGUCAAUAACCAGAUGUGCCAGGGGCAGCUGACAGGCAUCGUCUGCACGAAGACACUGUGCUGUGCCACCAUUGGACGAGCCUGGGGUCAUCCCUGUGAGAUGUGUCCAGCCCAGCCUCAACCCUGUCGCCGGGGCUUUAUCCCCAAUAUCCGCACGGGAGCAUGUCAGGACGUUGACGAAUGCCAGGCGAUUCCGGGGUUGUGCCAGGGAGGAAACUGUCUCAACACCGUGGGGUCUUUCGAGUGCAGAUGCCCUGCUGGCCACAAGCAGAGCGAGACAACUCAGAAGUGCGAAGACAUCGAUGAGUGCAGCGUGGUUCCUGGGGUCUGUGAAGCCGGCGACUGUUCCAACACCGUGGGAAGCUAUUUCUGUGUCUGUCCGCGUGGCUUCGUUUCCUCCACAGAUGGCUCUCGGUGCAUUGAUCAGAGAAUGGGUACGUGCUUCUCUGGCCUGGUGAAUGGCCGCUGUGCACAAGAACUCCCGGGUAGAAUGGCAAAGGCUCAGUGCUGUUGUGAGCCCGGCCGCUGCUGGGGCAUCGGAACCAUUCCUGAGGCCUGUCCUGUCAGAGGCUCUGAGGAAUACCGUAGGCUGUGCCUGGAUGGCCUUCCAAUGGGCGGCAUUCCAGGGAGUUCCGUUUCUAGACCUGGAGGCACGGGGGGCAAUGGCAAUGGCUAUGGCCCAGGAGGGGCAGGCUUCCUCCCCAUUCCUGGAGGCAACGGCUUUUCUCCUGGUGUUGGGGGAACUGGAGUAGGAGCCGGGGGACAGGGACCCAUCAUCACUGGAUUAACAAUUCUCAACCAGACAAUAGACAUAUGUAAGCACCACGCCAACCUGUGUUUGAAUGGACGCUGCAUACCCACUGUUUCUAGCUACAGAUGCGAAUGCAACAUGGGCUAUAAACAGGAUGCAAAUGGAGAUUGCAUAGAUGUUGAUGAAUGCACAUCAAAUCCCUGCACUAAUGGAGAUUGUGUUAACACACCUGGAUCCUAUUAUUGUAAAUGUCACGCUGGAUUCCAGAGGACUCCUACGAAGCAAGCAUGCAUCGAUAUUGAUGAGUGCAUCCAGAAUGGCGUCCUUUGUAAAAAUGGCCGCUGCGUGAACACAGAUGGAAGUUUCCAGUGCAUUUGCAACGCUGGCUUUGAAUUAACCACAGAUGGGAAAAACUGUGUUGACCACGAUGAAUGUACCACUACGAACAUGUGUUUGAAUGGGAUGUGCAUCAAUGAAGACGGCAGCUUCAAGUGCAUAUGCAAGCCCGGGUUCGUGCUGGCUCCGAACGGCCGCUACUGCACAGAUGUUGACGAAUGCCAGACCCCAGGCAUCUGCAUGAAUGGACAUUGCAUCAACAACGAAGGAUCCUUCCGCUGUGACUGUCCCCCUGGCCUGGCUGUGGGAGUGGAUGGACGUGUAUGUGUUGACACUCACAUGCGUAGUACCUGCUAUGGCGGAAUCAAGAAGGGGGUGUGCGUGCGUCCUUUCCCUGGCGCGGUGACCAAGUCUGAAUGCUGCUGUGCUAAUCCAGACUACGGCUUUGGAGAGCCCUGCCAGCCUUGCCCUGCCAAAAAUUCAGCUGAGUUCCAAGGCCUUUGUAGCAGUGGCGUGGGCAUCACUGUGGACGGAAGAGAUAUCAACGAGUGUGCUUUGGACCCUGACAUUUGCGCCAAUGGGAUCUGUGAAAACUUGAGAGGCAGCUACCGCUGUAACUGCAAUAGCGGCUAUGAGCCAGAUGCUUCAGGAAGAAACUGCAUCGACAUUGAUGAGUGCUUGGUAAACCGGCUGCUUUGUGACAAUGGCUUAUGCAGAAACACCCCGGGGAGUUACAGCUGCACAUGUCCCCCUGGCUAUGUGUUCCGGACAGAGACAGAGACCUGCGAAGACGUAAAUGAGUGUGAGAGCAACCCGUGUGUCAAUGGGGCCUGCAGGAACAACCUCGGCUCUUUCCACUGUGAGUGCUCGCCCGGCAGCAAGCUCAGCUCCACCGGAUUCGUCUGCAUUGACAGCCUGAAAGGGACUUGCUGGCUCAACAUCCAGGACAACCGCUGUGAGGUGAACAUCAAUGGGGCCACCCUGAAGUCCGAAUGCUGUGCCACCCUCGGAGCUGCGUGGGGGAGCCCCUGUGAGCGCUGUGAGCUAGACGCAGCUUGCCCAAGAGGGUUUGCCAGGAUCAAAGGUGUGACUUGCGAAGAUGUUAAUGAAUGUGAGGUGUUUCCUGGCGUCUGUCCAAAUGGACGCUGUGUCAACAGCAAAGGCUCUUUCCACUGCGAAUGCCCUGAAGGCCUUACACUGGAUGGAACUGGUCGCGUGUGUUUGGAUAUCCGCCUGGAGCAGUGCUUCCUGAAGUGGGAUGAGGAUGAAUGCAUCCAUCCUGUUCCUGGGAAGUUCCGCAUGGACGCCUGCUGCUGUGCAGUCGGGGCAGCUUGGGGCACGGAGUGUGAAGAAUGCCCCAAGCCUGGCACCAAGGAAUAUGAGACGUUGUGCCCCCGGGGCCCAGGCUUUGCUAACAGAGGGGACAUCCUCACUGGGCGUCCAUUUUACAAAGAUAUCAACGAAUGCAAAGCCUUUCCCGGGAUGUGCACCCACGGGAAGUGCAGAAACACCAUCGGAAGCUUCAAGUGCCGUUGCAAUAAUGGCUUCGCCCUGGACAUGGAGGAGAGAAACUGUACAGACAUCGACGAGUGCAGGAUCUCUCCUGACCUCUGUGGCAGUGGCAUCUGCGUCAACACGCCAGGCAGCUUUGAAUGCGAGUGUUUUGAGGGAUACGAGAGUGGCUUCAUGAUGAUGAAGAACUGCAUGGACAUUGACGAAUGUGAACGUAACCCUCUCCUUUGUAGGGGUGGCACCUGUGUGAACACUGAGGGCAGCUUUCAGUGUGACUGCCCACUGGGACACGAGCUGUCACCAUCCCGUGAGGACUGUGUGGAUAUCAAUGAGUGUUCCUUGAGCGACAAUCUCUGUAGAAAUGGCAAAUGUGUGAACAUGAUCGGAGCCUACCAGUGUUCUUGCAAUCCUGGAUAUCAGGCCACGCCAGACCGCCAAGGCUGUAUAGAUAUCGAUGAAUGUAUGAUCAUGAAUGGAGGCUGCGACACCCAGUGCACCAAUUCGGAAGGAAGCUACGAGUGCAGCUGCAGUGAGGGGUAUGCACUGAUGCCAGAUGGGAGAUCGUGUGCAGAUAUCGAUGAAUGUGAAAACAAUCCUGACGUCUGUGAUGGUGGCCAGUGUACCAACAUUCCUGGGGAGUACCGCUGCCUCUGUUAUGAUGGCUUCAUGGCUUCGAUGGACAUGAAAACGUGCAUCGAUGUGAAUGAGUGUGACUUGAAUCCCAACAUCUGUAUGUUUGGGGAGUGUGAGAACACGAAGGGCUCUUUCAUCUGCCAUUGUCAGCUGGGCUAUUCGGUGAAGAAGGGGACCACGGGAUGCACAGAUGUGGAUGAGUGUGAAAUUGGUGCCCACAACUGCGACAUGCAUGCCUCAUGUCUGAAUGUCCCCGGAAGCUUCAAGUGCAGCUGCCGAGAAGGCUGGGUGGGAAAUGGCAUCAAAUGUAUUGAUCUGGACGAGUGCUCGAAUGGAACCCACCAGUGCAGCAUAAAUGCUCAGUGCGUCAACACCCCGGGCUCAUACAGAUGUGCCUGCUCAGAGGGUUUCACCGGAGAUGGCUUUACUUGCUCAGACGUCGACGAGUGUGCAGAGAACAUAAACCUUUGUGAGAACGGCCAGUGCCUGAAUGUCCCCGGAGCUUACCGUUGCGAGUGUGAGAUGGGCUUCACCCCAGCCUCAGACAGCAGAUCCUGCCAAGAUAUUGAUGAAUGCUCCUUCCAGAACAUUUGUGUCUUUGGAACAUGUAACAAUUUGCCUGGGAUGUUUCACUGUAUCUGCGACGAUGGCUAUGAACUGGACAGGACAGGAGGAAACUGCACAGAUAUUGAUGAGUGUGCAGAUCCCAUAAACUGUGUCAACGGCCUAUGUGUGAACACGCCUGGUCGCUAUGAGUGUAACUGCCCACCUGACUUCCAGUUGAACCCCACGGGCGUGGGUUGUGUUGACAACCGCGUGGGCAACUGUUACCUGAAGUUCGGUCCUCGAGGAGACGGGAGUCUGUCCUGCAACACAGAGAUUGGGGUGGGCGUCAGUCGCUCCUCCUGCUGCUGCUCCCUGGGGAAGGCCUGGGGAAACCCCUGCGAGACGUGCCCCCCUGUAAACAGCACUGAAUAUUAUACGCUGUGUCCUGGAGGUGAGGGCUUUAGACCGAACCCCAUCACAAUCAUCUUAGAAGAUAUUGAUGAAUGUCAGGAGUUACCAGGGCUCUGCCAGGGUGGAAACUGUAUUAACACCUUUGGGAGUUUUCAAUGCGAGUGCCCCCAGGGCUACUACCUCAGCGAGGAAACCCGCAUCUGUGAAGACAUUGAUGAAUGUUUUGCCCAUCCUGGCGUAUGUGGCCCCGGAACCUGCUACAACACCCUGGGAAAUUACACCUGCAUUUGCCCACCUGAGUACAUGCAGGUCAACGGAGGGCACAAUUGCAUGGACAUGAGGAAAAGCUUCUGCUACCGAAGCUAUAAUGGGACCACGUGUGAAAACGAGUUGCCUUUCAACGUGACCAAGAGGAUGUGCUGCUGCACACACAACGUGGGAAAAGCCUGGAACAAGCCUUGUGAGCCAUGCCCAGCGCCAGGAACAGCUGACUUCAAAACUAUAUGUGGAAACAUCCCUGGAUUCACCUUUGACAUCCACACAGGAAAGGCCGUUGACAUUGAUGAAUGUAAAGAGAUUCCAGGCAUUUGUGCCAACGGUGUGUGCAUCAACCAGAUCGGCAGUUUCCGCUGCGAGUGCCCGACGGGCUUCAGUUACAAUGACCUGCUCCUGGUCUGUGAAGACAUCGACGAGUGCAGCAAUGGCGACAACCUUUGUCAGCGCAAUGCAGACUGCAUCAACAGCCCCGGCAGCUACCGCUGCGAGUGUGCGGCCGGCUUCAAGCUCUCUCCCAACGGGGCCUGUGUAGAUCGCAAUGAAUGCUUGGAAAUUCCCAACGUCUGCAGUCAUGGCCUGUGCGUUGAUUUGCAAGGAAGUUACCAGUGCAUCUGCAACAACGGCUUCAAGGCUUCUCAAGACCAGACCAUGUGCAUGGAUGUGGACGAGUGUGAACGGCAUCCGUGCGGAAACGGGACUUGCAAGAACACGGUUGGGUCCUACAACUGUCUGUGCUACCCUGGGUUUGAGCUCACUCACAACAAUGACUGCCUUGACAUAGACGAAUGCAGCUCGUUUUUCGGGCAAGUGUGCAGAAACGGCCGGUGCUUCAAUGAAAUUGGCUCCUUCAAGUGUCUGUGCAAUGAGGGUUAUGAACUUACGCCAGACGGCAAAAACUGUAUCGAUACCAAUGAGUGUGUGGCGCUUCCUGGCUCUUGUUCUCCUGGGACCUGUCAGAAUUUGGAGGGAUCUUUCAGGUGCAUCUGCCCCCCCGGAUAUGAAGUAAAAAGCGAGAGCUGCAUUGAUAUAAAUGAAUGUGACGAAGACCCCAACAUUUGCCUUUUUGGUUCCUGCACCAACACCCCCGGGGGCUUCCAAUGCAUCUGUCCCCCUGGCUUUGUCUUGUCUGAUAAUGGACGGAGGUGCUUCGAUACCCGCCAGAGUUUCUGCUUCACCAACUUUGAAAAUGGCAAGUGUUCUGUGCCCAAAGCCUUCAACACCACCAAGGCAAAGUGCUGCUGCAGUAAGAUGCCAGGCGAGGGCUGGGGGGACCCGUGUGAGCUGUGCCCCAAAGAUGAUGAAGUUGCAUUCCAGGAUCUGUGUCCAUACGGCCACGGGACAGUCCCUAGUCUUCACGACACACGAGAAGAUGUCAAUGAGUGUCUUGAGAGCCCAGGCAUUUGCUCAAAUGGGCAGUGCAUCAACACCGAUGGCUCUUUCCGUUGUGAGUGUCCAAUGGGCUACAACCUGGAUUACACUGGAGUCCGGUGUGUGGACACUGACGAGUGUUCAAUCGGCAAUCCCUGUGGGAAUGGCACAUGCACCAACGUGAUUGGAAGUUUUGAAUGCAAUUGCAAUGAAGGCUUUGAGCCGGGGCCCAUGAUGAACUGUGAAGAUAUCAACGAGUGUGCCCAGAACCCACUGCUCUGCGCCUUCCGCUGCAUGAACACUUUCGGGUCUUACGAAUGCACGUGCCCAGUUGGCUACGCCCUCAGGGAAGACCAAAAGAUGUGUAAAGAUCUGGAUGAAUGUGCCGAAGGGCUGCACGACUGUGAAUCUCGAGGCAUGAUGUGUAAGAAUCUGAUCGGCACCUUCAUGUGCAUCUGCCCCCCUGGCAUGACCCGCAGGCCCGAUGGAGAGGGCUGUGUAGAUGAAAAUGAAUGCAGGACCAAGCCAGGCAUCUGUGAAAAUGGGCGUUGUAUUAACAUCAUUGGGAGCUACCGAUGUGAGUGCAAUGAAGGCUUCCAGUCAAGUUCCUCAGGCACUGAAUGCCUUGACAACCGGCAGGGCCUGUGCUUCGCAGAAGUCCUGCAGACAAUGUGCCAAAUGGCCUCCAGUAGCCGCAAUCUGGUCACAAAGUCAGAAUGCUGCUGUGACGGUGGACGAGGCUGGGGCCACCAGUGUGAGCUGUGUCCGCUUCCUGGAACCGCCCAGUACAAAAAGAUUUGUCCUCAUGGCCCGGGAUAUGCCACUGAUGGGAGAGACAUUGACGAAUGUAAGGUGAUGCCGAACCUCUGCUCUAAUGGCCAGUGUGUCAACACCAUGGGCACCUUCCGGUGCUUCUGCAAGGUUGGCUACACCACCGACAUCAGCGGGACAGCUUGCGUAGAUCUUGAUGAAUGUUCACAGUCUCCAAAACCGUGCAACUUCAUCUGCAAGAACACAGAGGGCAGCUAUCAGUGCUCCUGUCCCCGGGGAUACGUCCUGCAGGAGGACGGAAAGACAUGCAAAGAUCUCGAUGAAUGUCAAACCAAACAGCACAACUGCCAGUUCCUCUGUGUCAACACCCUCGGGGGGUUCACCUGUAAAUGUCCCCCCGGCUUCACCCAGCAUCACACUGCCUGCAUCGACAAUAAUGAAUGUGGGUCUCAGCCUUCACUUUGUGGAGCAAAAGGAAUCUGUCAAAAUACCCCUGGGAGCUUCAGCUGCGAAUGCCAAAGAGGGUUCUCUCUUGAUGCCUCUGGGCUCAACUGUGAAGAUGUCGACGAAUGUGACGGGAACCACAGGUGCCAACAUGGCUGCCAGAACAUCCUGGGUGGCUAUCGGUGCGGCUGCCCACAGGGGUACAUUCAACACUACCAGUGGAAUCAGUGUGUUGAUGAGAACGAGUGCUCCAACCCCGGGGCCUGUGGCUCCGCUUCCUGCUACAACACCCUGGGGAGUUACAAGUGUGCCUGCCCCUCCGGGUUCUCCUUUGACCAGUUCUCCAGCGCCUGCCAUGAUGUGAACGAGUGCUCCUCCUCCAACAACCCGUGCAGCUAUGGCUGCUCCAACACGGAAGGGGGCUACCUCUGCGGCUGCCCGCCUGGCUACUUCAGAGUGGGACAGGGCCACUGUGUCUCGGGGAUGGGCUUCAACAAAGGACAGUACCUCUCUUCGGACACGGAGGUGGAUGAGGAAAAUGCCCUGUCCCCGGAAGCAUGCUAUGAGUGCAAAAUCAAUGGCUACCCCAAGAAAGACGGCAGGCAGAAGAGGAGCGUGCAGGAGCCUGAGCCAGCCUCAGCUGUGGAGCACAUCAGCCUAGACAGCGUUGCCAUGGACAGCCCAGUCAACAUGAAGUUCAACCUCUCUGGCCUUGGCUCCAAGGAGCACAUCCUUGAACUGGUGCCCGCCAUUGAGCCCCUCAACAACCAUAUCCGCUACGUCAUCUCCCAAGGGAAUGACGAAGGCGUCUUCCGAAUCCACCAAAGGAAUGGGCUCAGCUACCUGCACACGGCCAAGAAGAAGCUCACCCCCGGCACUUACACACUGGAAAUCAGCAGCAUCCCACUCUAUGGGAAGAAGGAGCUUCGGAAGCUGGAGGAACACAACGAGGUUGACUACCUCCUGGGGGUGCUGGGGGAGGCUCUCAGAAUGAAGCUGCAGAUUGAACUGUAUUAGCCCUUGGCAGACUUGGGUCCCAGCUCCGACCCCAGCACCGCCAGCCUUCAGAAGUGUUUGGAAUGUCAGUGACUAAUUUUAAAUAGAGGGAAAGAGAAAAAAAAAAGACUUCUGUUCCUUUCCUCCCUGAUUCAGACUUUGGAAUGUCGACCCUCACAGGGAGGGAUAAUUUAGGCUC